CUUCAAAUGAGCUAUUUCACUCUGUGUUAAAGUAAUGUUCGUAUAAGUUUCGUGAAGUGAGUUGUUUUGGAGCUGUGCAUACUUUCAGAUUUCUGUGGGAGGAGCCAUGUUAGGUUUUAAAUCCACACGUGGUCUGCGUCUCAGCGCUUGUUUAGCAGCAGCUCCUGCACGGCCAGAAACUUCUGACCAAACUCAUGCCAGCGCACUGCACACGUCUGCCGCGGCAGGGGUAAACUGGACCAGUCCGAGGCUCUGAUUACUCGGCAAAAAUGCCAUCUCAUCCUCUCAACCAGUUUUCCGAACUGGAAGACCUAAUGAGCAAGAAUUUUCUCAGUCUUGACCUCGGAGAGCAGAACAGACCGCCUCCCCCUCUGAAUCUGGCCAUGAGUCCUCCAGGCUACGUCAGCGAGCUGUCCAGAGGCGCCUCGUUUUCUCUGUCCUGCCUGCUUGCUGAUUGUUCAGAGGACCCGGUUCCGACCUCCAGCCAGUGGGGACAGCCAUCAGAAAGCCCUGUCCCCUCCCAGCUUGCUGCUAAUUCUAACCAGUGGGGAAAGUUUGGUUUUCUCUCUCAGCGCUCCAUCAGCCUGGUGGAGACGAGGAACAUACUGGGAGCAAGUCUAGACUGGUCCAGGGCUGAACUGAAGACGCCACAAAGUGAGAUGAGCCCCACUUUACAGGCUGCCACAUCUUCAUCCAGCUCCUCAUCACGCUACAAAACCGAACUCUGCAGAUCUUUUACAGAGAACGGCCUGUGCAAGUACGGCGGGAAGUGUCAGUUCGCUCACGGCCCACAAGAGCUGCGCGAUCUUAACAGACACCCAAAAUACAAGACUGAGCCUUGUCGCACCUUUCACACCAUCGGCUUCUGCCCAUACGGGAUCCGCUGUCACUUUAUCCACAACAGUGAGGAGGAAAAGAAACCCACGUUCUCUCGUUCUUCCUCAUCAUUCUCCUCCUCCCUCAACAUUCCUCACCAACCAGCAGGUUCCUCCUCUACCUUGCGCUCACACAGGCCUCCUCUCGUCAGGCAGAGCUUUAGCUUUGCUGGAUUUCCUUCAGCUCCUCAGUAUGUCCUCCAGUCUGUCUUGAGCGACCACACUCCUCCCCCUCCUGCUGGAGGCACUUUUCCAUCCAGCUCAUUCGGUUCUCCUACAUCCUGCACUGACCUCUCUAGCGCCUUUCUGGAGAUGGAUUCUGCCUUUGAGGCGUCCGGUGUUCAACAGUGCCAGCCCUCCGCAGCUCACGUCACCCAGGCCCACCUGCGAUCUCCCUUCCUGCCUUCCCCUGACUCCGGCUACUCCCCCAGCGGACUGUCUCCUACCAGUUCGCCCCCCCUUCGACAGAGCCCCAGCGCCAACGAUGUCCUCUUGGAGUCGUUGGGCACCCGCUCCCUCUCCUACACCUCUCUGUCAGACCAGGACGGAGGCAGCUCCACAAGCUCGCUCAGUGGAUCCGAAUCCUGCGGUGGGAGUAACGACAGCAACGGGAAACGCUUGGCAGUGUUCAGCCAGCUGUCUGUUCCUUAAGAUGCAGCUACUUGCUGCCUAUAAGCCUCGGAGCGCUUUAAAAUGAAAACACGCGCCUGUUCUCACCUUUUUAACCUCAGUGUAUUUCAACCUGACCGACACAUAAGACAUUCUUUGCACCCUGUGUGGCAUAAAGCAAAACGAGGACUUUACGGCAGACUCAAAACACUUUACAGCUUUCUCUGUGUAGAUUUAUGUGGCUAAAUUAUCACUCCAGCGCACACGAGCCACACUGAUGCCUAAACUAGAGAAUACAUAUCACAGAAGUUUUUUUACAUUGAAAAAUAGGCUUUUAUUCUUUAUCUAAAUAGUUUAUGUGGCAUAAAGGCAAACUGCCAAAAAAGAAUUGUGAUCAGUGUGACCAGCUUGAUUCGAGCGCAACCAUAAAAUCCUUCAUUUACUUGUUUAAAUGUCUUAUGAACGGUUUGUAGUACGAGACGAAGCCAAAGAUGACAUGUUUUUGUAGUUCAGACCUCUUGAUUACGGUGGAACAAAUGCAGAGCAGCCAGCGUUCAGGAGUUUGUUCAGUGUUGUUUAUAAGCUUGUGAAAUAGUUUUUGGUCGAUGUUUUCUUUUUUUUGUUGUAAAUGUGCAGUCUGAGGUGAUGUUUAGAUUACUGGCUUCAAGCCUGAACGUUGGAGGUUUUUUUUUUUCUUUUAAACAAUGUGCCUAUAGCGUUGUUUUUAUCGGGUCCUGUUACAUUGUUGAGCCAAGAUUCUAAUGUGUUUGGAGAGAUGGAAAUGGAGGCGAGGCUCAGCUUUUUUUUUUUUUUCUCCUAUCAAGCAUUAAUUUAAACUAUCUUGGUGUUUUCUGGGCACCAGCCAGUAGGCACUGGUAACAUGUCUAAUCAGCAAAUGUAAGCUACACUUUCAAGCAUAUAUGAGAUGCCAAUUAUUGGCACUUGGCUUUGAAAGUUUCAAGUGAAUCCUUAACAGCUUUUUUCGCCCCCAUUUUAGGUGAUAACGGUGUAUUUAAAUAGUUUUUUUUUUGGUUUUACUCUCUCCCAUCCACAGGUGUACCAUUACAUCUUCAUCAGAUGUUUUAUUUAUAUUCGCCUUGUUGCAUUUCUCUGUCAUUCAGCAUUAAUCCUUGUUGUUACGGCUCCUACUGUUCUGAUAAGAUCCACUCGAAAUGUGUCCGUUGCCUUACUGAAUUAGAUCUGGCAUACUGUAGAGGUUUAGGGUACGUAUGCUUAGUGUUCUAGAUACAUUACUCGGCUGUUUAUUUUGUGUGCGUGUUUACAGUGUAGUUUGUUAGACGAACGGGAGUCAUGAUGUUCCUGGUCUGUUUAAGAAUUGCCUUUUUCGUCGACAAGUUCGAGACCUGUUUAGAGAUAAAGGUGAUCAUCUUUAGUAAAUUAAUUUCUUUAAUUUAUUUUAACGUAUUUAUAGAGGACUUCUCAGUUGAUGCUUGUAUUGAGUUUAAUAUAUUUGGAUUUCUGCUGCCUUUUUUUUUGUACUGAAAAUAAAGUUUUUCUUUUUUAAACAUA